UGUCUUGGCUCUGACUUCUCCCAUUACUUAAGUUUCCAUGCCGCCUCAGCUCCCCCAUCUCCAGUGAAGCAUGGAUGUGUGUUAGCAUAUGGUCACCGCCACACAAAGUAAAACAAGAGUGCUGUGCCUUCACCCGUCUUUCAUUACCUUUCCAUCUUGCCGGCUCUGACCUCCUCCUCUCUCCCCAGCCGCCGUGCUUGCCAGCUGGCUGAUGCUAGGGUGUCACUUUCCCGGCCCAGUAAGAGGCAACAACUUGUAUAUUGUUGUAUGGGAGUUAUUGCAUGUGAGAGUGUGAUGGCAAGCUGCAGGGAUCCAAAAAGCUCCAAGGAGCUUGUUCUGUGUGCCAUUACCUACUCGUAGCAUCCAGGGAUGGUGCUUCAUCUGGCCAUCCAGGCGGCUCGAGCAGGGGAUCUCGUAACUCUGAGGGUGUUGGCAUCUUGUGGUCAUCUCUCACCAAGCAUCGCUGAUGCUCAAGGUGCCGGCCUGGUGCACCACGCAGCCAGGUGUGGACGUCUGGAGUGCCUGCAGUUCCUGGUGAGUGAGAUGGGUCUGGCGGCUGAUCUCCGGGCCUUAAACAGGGCCUCACCAGCACAUGAUGCAGCAGCUACUGGCCACAUCCAGGAGCUGCAAUGGCUGGUGGAGCAAGGAGGCUGCAGCACUGAGGAUAGGGAUGCUUCUGGUGCCACUGCGCUCCACCUCGCAGCCCGGUUCGGUUGUGUGGACGUCAUUAAGUGGCUGCUUUCUGUGGGAGGAGCAGCAGAAGCAGAGACAAAUGGUGGAGCUGUUCCUGCUCACUACGCUGCAGCCAAUGGGGACCUCACCUGUUUGAAACUACUCAUUCAGCAGGCCCCUGGGUGUGCGAAUCAUCAGACAGUUAUUGGUGCUACUCUGUUGUACCUGGCCUGCCAGGAAGGACACCUGCAUGUGGUGGAAUACCUUGUGAAGGACUGCGGGGCCGACAUCCACCUGAGGGCCCAUGAUGGCAUGACCUGCCUGCAUGCUGCUGCUCACAUGGGCCAUGAAGCCGUGGUGGCGUGGCUGGACAGAGAUGGGGCGACUGCUCUGCACUUUGCUGCCAGCAGGGGGCAUUAUUGUAUCUUGGAGAGGCUAUUUCACAUGGGUUCAAAGGUCAUCAAGGAUAUUUGGGGAGGGACCCCACUUCAUGAUGCUGCAGAGAAUGGAGAGCUGGAGUGCUGUAAAAUUCUGUUGGCUAAUGAAGCAAAUGCCUCAGAUCAAGAUAUUGAUGGGUUCACAGCAGCAGACUUGGCAGAGUACAACGGACACUAUGAAUGUGCCAGAUAUCUCCGUGUCAUGGAGAACAAUACAGCCUGUACAGACAGGCCCACUGAUGUAACUAAUCCGGUGGAGGAAGAAGUGAAGGUAAAGCUUGCUGUGUGUCUGCAGCACAACAGGGAGGACUACUAUGGGUCUCUGAGCGACACAUGUAGGAACGGUCACAGCAGUAACACCCACAUGGAUAGUCUAAAGCAACCUGAGAGUGAGGAGGACCCACAGGCGAGAUACCCUCAGGCCCCUCUUGGAGCAGCUCCUUUGCCUUCUGCUUCAUCUACACAUGCCCAGCCAGAAAUGAACGCUGUCAGUAGAACAAAGCAGGUUCAAAUCGCUACAUCUGAUAUUAAAGAGUUCAGUCAGCCUAGGGGGGUGGGGAGCGAGAUCUCUGCUGAUAACACGGUGCUGCCUGAUGUAAAUCUUCUAGCUGACAGAAAACUUCUUGGGGACAUGAAGUCCAUUACAUCGCUGAAGCAAUCGGGGAUGUCAGGGGUCUUCUCUGGACAGCCACAAAAUAAGAUGGUGGUGCUGCCCACUGAGGAGGCCAACCUGUCAGACAUCGACUACCUGGUGCCCACCCAUGAUGACAGAGGCUGUCCCAUUGCUGAGUGGAAGAGGCAAGUCAUGGUGAGGCAGCUACAGGCCAGGCUGUUGGAUGAGGAGGACCAGAGGAGGAAGGAAAAUGGGAACAGAUAUUCCAAAGUCAGCUGGAGAUACUCCCAAGCCCACAAUGCCAUCCUGGGGCCCUCUGGUGAGCUGCUGACUGAGGAUGACCUCAUCUAUCUGGAGAAGCAGAUUGCCAACGUUUCCUUGCAGAGGAACUGUGAAGGCUACGAGCUGGAGCUGGCUCGUCUAGCUGAGGAGCUCAGGCACAUCCUGCCCGCACCCAUAGUCAAUAUCACUGUCAACACACAGUUCAGAAACUUCACAAGUCAAGUUCCUCUACCUGUGUGGUGCGGCCGCAUAUCAGGCAUCGUGAAGAGCAUGUCUCUGCUCAUGACCAACCUCACAGACCAGCCCUACUGCAAGAUGCCCAACACUGACCUGAUCACUGUGUUCUCACAGACAUCAGACAGACAUAGCUCCACCAGGGGACGCAGGGCGAGUAUAGAGGAUGAAAUCCAACAGUUUGGAGUGUCUGUUAGGACUCUGAAGUCCAAUUUUGAGACUCAGAACUCACCUUUGUCACAUGAGCUGGAUCAGGCUGUCAUGUUAAGUUCUUCCACUCAGCUUAAGGCCACAGAGUCGGACAAAGAGUGUGAUGUCUUGAAUCCAGCCCCAGAAAUAGAGCAGAAAAGCGACUCUGGCACUGUCGCUGAUGAAAAUGUUGCAGAUGUUCUGGAGACCACUAGCCUUAGAAAAGAGCGUAUAGUGGUGCUGUUUUUAGGCCACUGGAAAUCUGCUUACGCCAUGACAGUGAAGAACAAAGAUGCAGCAGAGAGGAAGAUGAGCGGAGAACACCCGGAGACCGUUGACAAAACUGAGCCAAGUCAAAGAGGCAGCAUGGAGAGCACACAGUCGAAGAUGAUGAACAGUUCUCUGGGACGGUUCUUGAAGCAGAGGACUGUUGUCAACAAGAUGCUUGGCAACUGGAGGAGGAUGAUCUCCAGCGUCCCAUCUCGACAGAUACGCAGGCUCCACAGGCAGAAAGCCGUCUACUCCCCAGAGCAGUUCCUACCACGACUGGAGGGCAUGCCUAUGGAGUAUGACAGCCUGACCUUGGAUCUCUUCAUGCUGGGCUACUUUCACAUCCUGGAGUUGGAUCUGCCCGUGGACGAACGCAAAAUGAGGCACCUGCUGUGUUUCGAGGUGUUUGACCACAUCGGGAGCUUUCCCUGGGAGAGGGUCAGAGACUUUCACAAGGCAGUGCUAGAGGACAUCGAGGCCGGGAACCGCGAAUGGAAGGAUGGAUUUGAAGACAUUAAAAUAAAGUUCUUUGGAAACAUUGCGAGCCAGUCUGAAAGCACUGCAGAAGUGGAGAAACAGAGCCUCCCAGAGGUUCGACAGGUGCCUAAAGUCAUUGUGCAGACGCCUACGCCUGAUGAGGGGAUGUCCUGCAGUGGAACGGACAUCUCUAGUUUUAGCAAUGAUGAGAUUUGUAAAUACAUCGACCGUAGUUUUGCUUUUUGGAAGGAGAAGGAGGCAGAGAUUUUUGAUUUUGAGUAGUUGCUUGUGUCAUUUUUUGAUAUUUUUUUAUGCUUUGUAGUUUGAUGACUUUAGGGCUGGGUAUCAGAACAAGAUAUUUUUCAACUGUGAAUUUAACUGUCUGUAGCAAUUGUCAAGUACUGACUGGCACUGAAUGUUUAGCCAGUACCUUAGCCUUUUUUACGUUGAUCAGACACUGCCUAAUUUGAAUAGUUUUGUUAUUUUUGUACUUUAUUUUAUUGUGUCAAUGCAAUUCAGAAGGUUGGACAUUAAACAGUUUGUAAAAAAAAUAUUGUACUAGAAUAUUUAGAUAUUUUAAUACUUGUAUUGAAACUUAUCAGACUGGCAGUGGCAUCACAUUUCACACCAUACCCAGCCCUAUUACAAAAGAGAGUGAUUCAAGUAAACUAGUGUGUUGUGAGGUGGGUGAAAACAUUUUUCUUUUGCUAAGAGAGCAUCUUAUGGUAAAUAUUUUCCAGAAAGCUUAUGAGCAAUGGUCAGACAGGAAGCACAUCAAUUUUAACAAUACUACAAAAUAAAUCAACACUUGGUUACCUUGAUUAUUAUAUCAUUUUUACGAUAGUCUUCAGACUCAUUCAAUUUAUCUUACAUGUUCUUUAACUUCUUAAGGCAUCUUAAA